GUCCUAGGGAAGAGGCAGCAGGAGGUUCUAGGUUAAAUUAUCCCUAGGCUCCUCCUCCGAAACGAGCCAUACCAAUUCGUCGGCAGGCUGAAAAUUCAGCUCACGAUUCUUACCGCGUUACAAAUGCAAAUGUCGAGUUCGAGGGCCGAUUCGAAGAGAUUAUUCAAUGCCUUCGGAACGGAGCGAGGCUUAUCGCGCGUACCCGGACGCCUCCAAAGCCUGAUGGACGCUGCCAGUCCACUCACCGCGCGCGCGAUCUCGAUCUCAAUCUGUUCAAAUAUUAAUCGAUGCCAUUCUGGCAGGAUAAAAGUUUGAUUUGCAACGAUCCAGACGAUCCAGACGAUUAUACUCGAUACCCUUCGAAGCGGGAUGAAGGUUGACUUACCAACGAUGGUCUAGUCAGGGAUCAGCUUGCUGCCCUUCCGAUUCCCCUCGAACGUUAACAUUGAAUAUUUUUUAGUUUUACAUUUACACGAUAGUAAGAUGUUUUGAUCGGUUGUCGAGGAUGGAUGAAAAUCGAUUUUAUAUCGAUUCUGCUUCAUCACCGAGCUGCUCGGGAUCCUCUUCUUAUUCUUACGGUUUUCAAGCAUUUCGCUUGUAUUUUAUGGGACGCGUGAUCCACAAUCUCGUGACGCGGUUCAGUUUAGCCCGGCGGAAGGUUAACGAGACGGGCGAGAGAGAGACUGGAUCACGAGCGGGUCCGUUUAAUUACAGAGCCACUGAAAUAAUAUGCUAAAAAUGUAGCAGACACGCGGGAUCGUUUGCGCAACCGGCGAUAAUAAUCGGCGCGCAGAAAAUGAACGCGGCCGACUCGCCACGUGUCCGAAAAUACGACGCAGAUAACGUCAGAGGCAGAGUAAUCACGCCGGUAACCCCGGUGCUCGUUUGUUUCCAUCAAUUUCAUGCAAGCAGCAUGGAGGGAAGGGGAGUCAUCCGUUGCAACGGGCUUCGCGGAUGCCGCUUAUUCUCCCUGACUCACUCAAUAAUAUCGCGUUGGUAUUUUUACUGACCGACCUCACACGGCAAUUCGUCGUUGCGACCGUUGAUAGACGGUUCGUCGUUCGCGGUCGAAGAAAGAAGAGUUUUGCUUGAAACGGUGGGCGGAGGGGAACGCGUGACGGCUAAAUCCUCCGCGAUCAUUCGAGUUAUUUAACUGUGCCGACCGCGCGCGACAGAUGCGUUAAACAGCGAUGACUGACGAGAGGCCGGUUCGCGUCCGAACGGGGAAGAAAUUACGAGGAAUCCCGGAGUCGGCGCCCUGCUUUACGCAUCUCGCCAGUUGGAUCUUCCCAACGAUUUCCUCGCUGGCUGGCUGGCUGGCUGGCUGGCUUGCAUUUUCAAUCUCGCGUUCACGCGAAUCACCGCCCACGGAAUUUUUCUCCUCGUUUAAAAACACGCGACGCGCGUAACGAGAAGGAGAAAACGUUUGAAUUUGUCGGGCGUCGAUCGGAAACGUGCAACGCCUCUAGUGGCUAUAUCGAUGCCACUAAAUUUUCAAGGGAUACGCGUUAGCCGCACGAGAGAGUAAUUUCCGAGUCACGAAACAGGCUUGGCGUUUGCAAGAAAUUACGAAGAAUUCGCCGAUCGCACAGUUCGAUUUCUACAUCUGGCAGGGUCUCUGCGAUUUUCCUUUUGCUCUUUCGCCGAGCUAUUUAUUCCUUCCGCCGUCCGGUCAACUUUUUCUUCGUCCUUGCUCUCUGCCCGUCUCUCUUAUUCCAUCGCCCGGUUUCCCGCCGCUGCUCAUUAAUCGAAUUUCAAGCGUGGUUGGCCAGCGUUUACGGUGGUGCAUUCAGAAAAUUACGCGCCACCGUUUUACGAUCCGGUCGAGUGAUAUUUGUCGGAAAUGAAACGGCAUCGUUCGGCCGAGAGAGGGAUCGUUCGGUGCCAUCUUUCUUUUUCACCUUUUUUCCCCUUUGGUUCUCCCCGUUAAUUGAAUCGCUCGAUUCUGAAACGUUUCCGUUUCCCUUCUGAUCAAUUUUCAAGGCAGGGAAUGCGAGAGGGUUGAUACCGUUAAAAGGAGAUACUAUGUUUAUAUGGACUAUGCGAGUUUACUAACGGUUGACAUACGCAAGCUGGACACGCAAAAUGGCGUGUUAACGACUUAAUGGAUCACGAGAAUUACUGUCUCUCCGCGUGUACAUCGUCAAGACGAUUUCUGUUUCAUAGACCGGGAAAACCUUAAAAUAGUUGCUAAUCGUUGCGGCUAGUAGAAUGCGCAAAAGCAACCGAAACUACGGGAAGGGAAAAGGAAUCCCGUUUGAGAUUCUCCCGAAAAAUCUGAUCUGUGUUAUCAUGAUCGGCAGUCGACUGGAAAUAGUUGAACGACAGAGCACCGCGUUCGUUCCCUUUUUUCUUUUCCCUAGAGCCGGAUUCCGCAGGGCAUAAGUUAGCGUCUGGCGGGUAUUCGAGAAGGUAGCGUCGGCGCCUAGAGCAGCGAGGGCAUUUAUCCAUCGGGGUCCCACAAAACGUGUCUCCGGGUGGCGUGCAUUAUAUGAAAGGUACGAUAUACAUAGCACGUACGACACAAGUAGUAGGGGUAGUGCAGUGGCCCGUGCCGCCUGAAAUACACGGACAACCGACUCUCUGGCACUCGACUCCAUUCUGAGUGUGGCAGCACACCGAAGAACUUUCUCCCCUUGCCCCCUUUCCUCCACCUACCACUUUCGGUCGUUUGCUUUUCAAACGCGUCUUCGUCGUUUCAUUCUCUCCUCUCCUCUCCUCUCCUCUCUCGAGCUCUUUACACACCAGUUGUAUCCAUGGCUUUCUCGCCUCUCUCGAUACACCAGACGCUUUCCUAUCGCGUCCUUUCCUCGUCUCAAUUACGCGCGCUUUUUUCCCGCGCCCUUUCUUCGAUCGUUUCCGUUCCUCCUCCUCCUCCUUUUUUUUCCCCCCUCUUCAACGGUGACGAAACAUCGGAACCCUAACGAAUGGUUUCAACGCUUUCUUACAGCAUCGUGUCGCGUAUUCUUUACGACCCGCACCCCUCGUCCUCUCCGGGCUGACUUACGUUAUUUCCUUCCAUUUGGCACGCGUUAGUCGCCCGCGAAUGAUACGCGCUAUAAUUUCGCGGCUUCGAGCCGCUGAUAUACGAGCGUGAUGUAAAUUCUUACGAGAUCCGUCGCGAGUUUCUAUUUUCACCACCGUCCUCGCGGUAUACUAAAUCGAAGGAAAAUUCUGAUUACGUGCCUUCCGAGGUUAUCGUCGGAUUAGGCUGUUAAAACCCGAUGAACGGCAACCUUAAAGAAUGCUUUAAUUCAAUUUCAACGAAUUUCAAAUGGUAAUGCAAUUAUCUUUCGACUCGGUUAGAUCUUUCUGUGACAUAAUAUGGUAAUCCAGCGAUGACCUAUGCCGAGCACCGAUAGCCAUUGCUAUUGUAAUCCACCGUUGACCCAGUAUGAAAACCGUAAUCGUCUUGCAACAAUCUAACGGUAGUAAUCAAUAUUAUUGUUUGAAAGUCCACUAGGCCUACAUUGUUUUAUAAUAUCGACCAGAUAACCCGAUUUAACGUCGAACCGUGUCUUUGGUUUCCUCGAAAGGUUAAUCGCAAAAGAGGAAAAGUAAUCGCGUCGCGUCGGUGGAAACGUUUCGCGCGGCUUCUAAAUGCAGCGAUGCCGGCCGAUAUACUCGGAUAAAAAAUAUAUUUUAUACCAGGAGAGAUAGACUCGAGAAGUUUACGCGUUAUCUAAAAAUAUCGUGUUCGAAUCGUUCCAUCGUGGAACGGCGCGAGAACGGGCUCGCUGAAAGAACGUGUUUUCACAUUUUUUUAAAAGGGCUACGACGCUCACCGUUAUUAACAAUCCAAUGUUUUUCGCACCUUGCUACCAAUAAACUUGCCUACUUCUCUUGACUUUACAACGUUUGCUUUUGCCAGCCUCGUGACGUCUUACUCCCCGUCGAGUUUCCCUCCGCCUCUUCCGAUAUUUCCUUUCUAUCUUUUUUUUUUUUCACCGCCGUUUUUCUCUCUCUUUUCAAUUUCCAUUUCGCACGUCAACGCGAAAAGAAGCGAGCAAUUUUGCUGUGAAAAUCUGCUGUCGAAACGAAAUAGAACGUGCGGUGUUUCCGUUCGCAAAACGAAAGUCGAAAACAACAUCGAGAGGAGACAAGGAAUGAAAAAGAGAUUCCACGAAACGAUCGGGCGGAAUCUUGGUUCUCUCGCGAAGAUCGCCGCGAUCCGCGUCUCUUCGCCAUUAUAACGCGCGUCGAAUAUUUACAGUGUAAGCAUUUCGUGGAAUUUUGAAGAAAAGCAAGCAAAUUAAAAUUUCACUAGCCACCGACGGCUCUCGUUCCUCGAACGAGCGCGUCGAUGUACACGAUGAGCUCCGGAUAUCGUACGUUACCUACGUACAUACGUCCGGAUGCGGGCAGAUAUAUGAAACCGUGUUGACUGGGAUGCGUGGGUGGUGCCCCGAUACGUUGCAUCGCUUCGGCAGCGAGCAUUGUCGAUAGGAAACGUUUGGUCGAGAGGCGAAUCGCGACUAACGCGUACAAGUGCACGAAGAUAUGGCGUAGGAUUUAUGCAAAGGAUCCGGGAGAUGUAGGUACCUAGGAGGUUGAAACAAGGUAGAAGGAAAAAGAUUGAAAUCUUUUGAUUUUCAGAGGACCUUCAGGAAAUCAGGAAAUCUAACCUGCUUAGACUAGGUCACUACUGCUACCAGAUGGUAUCUUCAAUAUCCAAGAAUCCUUAAGUUCCACGGUUCAUUACGAAGCCCAUGCACGUGGAAGGUUGCGAGAAUGAUAAAAGAAAAAUGGAGAAAGGUGGAGCGCCAGUGGAGGAUUGUCGACGAAGAAAGAAAAUGUACGUUCGGGAAGCAGAUACGGGAAUUGGGCUCCACCUGGUUCGCGGAUUUGGGCCCGCCCUUUGGAGUCAUGUACUGCAUCAAAUGCGAAUGCAUUCCGGUGCAAAAGAAGCGACGCAUCGUGGCGAGGGUCCACUGUCGUAACAUUAAGAACGAAUGCCCGAAACUUACGUGCGACGAACCUGUUCUUCUUCCUGGUCGGUGCUGCAAGUCUUGUCCAGGAGAUUUCAGUACGGACAUAGUGCAGGAUCUGCCAGCGCAGUUGACCUCCGAGGAAGAGGAACGAAGCUUGAAACUUCUGACUUUUUCAGAUUUUGGAACUCUGUUAACGGGUAGGACGUCCCAGGUGCUGCGUCGCGACGAACCCAGCCCGACAUCGAUUUACAACAGCGCCUACAACUACGUGGCCACCGGUCGUUUCACUUUCCAUCGCAAGAACCUCUAUUACUCGUUCUAUCUGUCUACCGCGACGCCUCGGCCUCGGAGCAUCCAGUUCGUGGACGGAUCGGGCAGCAUCCUGGAGGAGCAGAUCGUCGACCCGAUCGGUGGGGUGUAUCAGAAUGCGACGGGUAAACUGUGCGGCGUUUGGAGGAGAGUUCCACGGGAUUACAGGAAGCUGCUCCGCGAGGAACGUCUGCACGUUUCUUUUAUAUGGGAACCGUCGGCCACCCUGACCGGACAGUUGUCUCGUUAUCGCGCCUUAUCCACGGAACAAUACUCUUCGCUGUUGGAACCAACAAUGGGUGUUGAUCGUUCGCUGAUGUCCGGCGCCGGGGCUACAGCCAUAGUUUCUGCAUCCUCCGCUUCCGCCCCGUCGAUUCACGUGUCGCUGGUGUUCAACGGCGUUUUCUUACCGAACGACGUGCUCGAGGUGCCAUUGAUCGUGCAGUUGGAGCACGUGGAGAAGGAUUACGUGGUGCUGCGGGAGGAGAUCAUAGUGAAGAAGCCGUCGAACGAGUUGAACUUCGGGGAGGUCCGUAGCGCGCUGUCGGGAGCGGAUCUACGUCUUCUGACGCGCGGCAAGUUAUCCAUCAGUAUAAUGUCCAAGAAGGACCCGCAGGCGAUACGAUUGGCCGGCAUGGUGGGACCCCGCGCUACCUGCGACAUGUAUCAGACGUUGCUGCUGUCGGAAACGCCUUCGGCGGCCUCUGGACUGGCCUGGGCGUUUUUGGACCGCGCUGGAUCGUUGCGUUACGGGGUCCAGUUGAUCGGUCUCGAAGAAGAGAGUCCUCUGGUGACCCUCGUGGACGAAGGAGGCAAACGUCGCACCGAACUGGAGGAUCUAACGCCGUCCUUGGUCGAUGGUCUGGCUAAUGGAUCCUUGGACCGUCCAGGACCUCGUCUUCUAGAGCCUUUGUUCAAUGGUGAAUUAUCGGUUGUUGCAGCUUCUCAUGUAGGGUCCAUGUUGCGUGGCCGUCUCUAUCAGAGACCCGUAGCCGAUGCCAGGGACACCACUGCGCCUGUACUGCUUCGAAGAUUGUCCCAGGAACCCGUGCAUCCUGGUCCAGUUGGUCUGGUCUGGGUAGCAGUGGACUUGGACUGUUCUCUCCAUUACGAACUCGAGAUUGCUGGCUUCCCACAGCCAUCUCCCACCUCUGAUACCGAACCUGGAACCUUCCGUUUGUAUCUAGAGACCAUGCCGCUGUUGGCACAGGGCGCACCUGUCGCCAGAAGGCUCCUGGAGGAGUUCACUGGAUAUGUCUUGGAAGGUUCCGUCACUGGACUCUCGCCCGUGGAAUUAUACAGAAUAGAAUCUGGUAUCGGUUUCCUAGAAGUGACCGAUAAACAAGCUGAAAGGAUCCUGAAGGCUCCUUUCAAAGCCAGGGCACCCCUCAACUGUCUCCCUCAUUACGCCGACAACGAUGUUGCCUCUGUGGUCGCGUACAAUCUGCAACCGCCCCGGUCUGACAUCGAAACCGGUGCUUGUUUCCACGAAACUAGGUUCUACGAGGAAGGUACCCAAUGGACCUCGAGCACGGAUCCAUGCUCCAUGUGCCAUUGCUUCCGCGGAUUGGCGCAGUGCGACCCGGUGCCAUGUCCGACCCUCACCUGUCCACAGGGCAAACAACUGAAACCUGCUACCGGCCACUGUUGCCCUAUUUGCGCGGGUCCCGGUAUCAACGUGAACGGUACAGGAAAAAACGUUAGCUCGGUGACGAGAGGCUGCACCCUGGCCGGUCAGUUCCACUUACCAGGAGCAUCCUGGCACCCAUAUCUACCACCUGCUGGAUUCGAUACCUGCGCGGUGUGCACAUGCGACCCGGUCACGCUAGAGGUGAAAUGUCCGCGGGUGCAGUGUCCGCCAUUGGACUGCGACGAGAAGAUCGCCUUCAGACCGAGCAAGAAGGCCUGCUGCAGACAGUGCCCGACGACGACGCCCAGUACCGCGAACGCCGGCGUCGCAGCCGGCGAUACGACCCGUCUACCCCGCGACCAAGCUGUACCCUCCACCAGACGCACCCCCGAGGAGAUACUCGCUUCCGGUGGCUGCAAGUACCCUCUCGGCGGACCGUACGAGAAUGGGAUGGAAUGGCACCCACGUGUCCACUCCCACGGGGAGAUGAAAUGCGUCAAGUGCAGGUGUAAGAAUGGCGAGGUGAGAUGCGACAGGAAGCGGUGUCCACGGGCGCUCUGCAACUCGAUCAGCCAUCAGAUGAAACGCGGUGAGUAUGUUGGGGAGGUGGACGACUGCUGCACGGUGCAGUGUCGUAGGGCGAGGCGUCAUCAUCGCAACAAUCACCACCCGGCCCGGCAUUCCGUGACGCCACGGGAGCUCAGCUGAGUCGAGCCGUCCGAAUGAGCCUCCUUCGAGCUGUCCUGCUUCGUGGAAACGUUCCCGGCCCGUCUUUCUCUCGGUAGUCAUCGGAUACGAGAUCAGUCGUCGAUUCAGAGAAAAAUGGAAGAACCGUAUAGCUUCGAAUAGAGCAGUCGUAGUUGGUGGUCGUUUCUUUCGCAUCUUGGUCUUAUCAGUCUGAUCCUAAAUUCGUUCGAUCUGCAGCAACCAGCGUAGAAACAAAGGUGGAGAAGAACCGAGAACGGGGAGAGGAUCUUUAGCGAACAGAAUUUCGCGUUUCUUACAAUUCUUGUAGAUUGGAUCAAAGAAACGGUAUAAGGGGAUCGUGUUUAGGGUUUACGAGCGAUACGCAGUAUCCUGGUAUAGGUUGGCCAGAUAACGAAGGCUGUAAAAUUCAAUUUACGCGAGGACAGAAGUUUAACGAGAGGCUAUCUGGACAGAGGCAAGUGUAUCAGGCAUCUCCUCCGUCGACGAUCUGGCUCGUCCAAUUUCAGCUACGACGUCCGGCAACGAUUCCUCUAUAAUGGAACCGUGUUCCUCGCAUUCCUAUCGCUCGAUACAAUUUAUUAACAUGCCUGAUAAAAAUUGUAAGAAAGACACGAGAGUCUAUCGAUACGCGUUAAGCGCAAACGACGUUACUUCGAAGCCCUCUAUUCGGCAGCAAUAUAGUUGAAACGGAAGAUGGUAAUCAAAGAGUAGUCGUGCGUCUGGAAUGAUCGACGAGUAUCACAGGAAACCAUAAUAAUAAGAAGAACGGUAAUAAUACUGACAAUAAUGUAAUGCGAGCAGAGAGAAAGAGAGAACGUGGAUCGUUCUUGUCGGACGUUAUAUUCUUAGUCUACUGCACGGUCAUUCGGCUAUCAAGUCCAGCACAGAGGAGCGCACCCAUAUAAACCGUCAAACGUUUAUUAAUCAAUUGGCUCUCAUCAACGGAUCAACGGACCGGAAGCCAACCGCUCUCUAUCUUCGACUAACCUCACAUGCAUACACGUACACGACUAUAAUAAAUGAGAAAAGAAAAACGAGGAGAAACGAAUGAGAGAAAGAGAGAGAUACAAGCCUGGGGGUUAGAGAGAAGGAAAUUUUAGUCGAGGCGGUAAACGCAGAGCCCUACCGUACCCACCAACCUCACCAAGUUACCCAGCAACCAAAGAAGACUGAAAAACCUCCGAUGGUGGCAUCAGUUAUCAUUGCGCGAAACACGCUAACGUUUACACUAUAUUAUAUUAUAUCAAAUCUAUACUCCAAUGCAACUUAUCGUUGCUACGGAUUAUUAAUAUUAUUAUUAUUAUUAUUAUUAUUAUUAAUAUUAACGAUGUUAACGUUUUACACUUAUCGUAAGUCUCAUGGUUUCAUCGUUCGCCGUUCAUUAUCGUUCAUCGUUGUUUCAUUUCGUCGUCAUAGAAAUCGUCAUUAAUAUUAUUAAUAUCAAUAUUAUUAUUAAUGUUUCUAUUACUAUUUCGAAUAGUAUAUCGCUGCUAUUAUUAUUAUUUUGUCAUCGCUUGAUGCUAGUGUUAACAAGUUGAAAAACCGCCUGUAAUCUCAUCGAAACGGUUUCGCUCUUCGUUUUAUAAGCCUAUUUGUUCUUUCUUUUUUUUUUCUUUCUUUUUGUAAGUUAUAAGCUUAUUUAUUGUUAGGUUCUCUAAGUUAUUCAAUGGCGAACUCGUGACUGUAAUUUCGAUAGAGGACUUUGUCGAAUUUACAGAGGAGUAUUUCUGCGUUAAUUUAAACGUAAUGCUUGAAUAGUCGUUGUCAGUGAAUGGGUGUUUAGGUGUGCGUCAGUUUUUUAAACGUGUGUGUUUGUGGAAGUAGCCGAAUCUUUUGAACCACGAAUUUCGCGGUGACGAGUAGAGGAUAGAUCGUGUAAAGGGUGUUUGUGAAACAUGGCCAGACUUCUGCUUUCUUGUCUUUGUCUUUGAAGAAACGUCCUCAAAGUGAGAAAGGAAACGUGUUCAGCCUCGUAACGCAAAAGUUGUUGCAUAACGAGAAAAAAAAUUGUCGUUGAAGUAUUUCAUUUUUAUUUAGAAUUUUACAAAAUUAUAGCGUUAAUUAUUAACCUUGGAAACCCAUCGAGCCUAUUAAUUAGAAAAUAUUGAAAAUUUCCAAGGAGAGCAUUGGGGAUAAGUGGCAGAGGACUCCAUCUUUUUAGGGUUAAUUAUCAGGAUCUAAUCUUUUUAUACAUUGUCAGUCAUCUAAUCUAAGUGUCUGAAACAGUUGUUCGAGCAAGCUUGCGGAAAACGAGCGGUGACUUGAUCACCGAUGAAAGACGAGAAGAAAUCAGGGGUAGCGGUUUUGCGCGUAGCCGUGGCAGCUGGUAGGCCUGCUUGCUUUCAACACUUUCAACGCGAUACUUUUUUUCUUUUCUCCAAUACCGUGAAACUGUAACUGUUUACAUGGCCAACAGGUUCGCGACAAGAAAGUGAACACAAGCAUACUGUGACCUGCUACUGAAAAUCGCUAUUCACGGUUCCUACCUCCGUAAGCAUAAUUUUGAUGGCUGACUUUGUUAAUACAUUCACUGCAGAUACCAUGGAUUACCCGGUAUUAAUUUUAUUUAUUUUAUUCAUUUGACGAUUAUCCAUGGGCUACAUUGCGCAGCUUUUUACAGGAGGCUUAAAUAAUUUUCUAUAUGUUACUCUCGUUAUGCAACAUACACGAAGCAGACUCUACAGGAUAGAAGCCUCAAUAAUUAAAAUUGUCUUCCUUUUCGCAAAAUACCAUCGUUCGAUGGUACUAGAAUAUCCAUGAAAACGUAGUCGAAAUUUCGAAAAGAUUCAAAGUAAUCGUGCCUUAAUCAUCGUGCAUGUACAAGUUAGUCAACGCUGUUAGAGGGUAGCUGUUCGCAGUAGAGGCCUUAAUGAUGAUCGAAUUUCGAUAUUUUGUACAUAGACGUAUAUAAUAGACGAUAAGUUAAUGGUUUAUCCAAUAUCACGAUUAUUCUAAUUAUUAAUAAUAUUUAUAUGUAACUAUUAGCGUCACUUCUUCAUCCGUGGCUCGUCGAACCAAUGAAUUCUUCGACGGUGCUCCUUAUCAAUAUUAAUCUAUUCUUCUAUUUUAAUACUACUACUAUUACUAUUAUAUUAUCGUCAUUAUAUUAUAAAUAUUAUCUUCACGGUUAUUUAAAGUCAUCCCCCGUUACAACGUGCAUGGUAUAUCCGAUCUUGUUUUAUCAAGAAGGGAAGAGUUUUUAAUAUCGUCCUUUUAAGACACUAUAUCUAAACGUUUACAAUGUUGUAAACGUAUGUAAAUUGUUUAAGAAUCGCGAUCUAGUGCCUUAAAAUACUUCAAUUAACAAUGAAAGUAAUUGGCAGUAUUUAACAAACGUUACGCCUCGUAUGAAUUGUGCUAUAAUCGUGAAAUGGAACCAAAAAUGCCUUUCGAAAUGUGUUACACAUGGAUUAAAAUUACAUUUUUUUUUUAACACGAGAUAAAUCGUGAAAGAGAAUUAAAGAGAAUCAAAGAGAAGAGGAGCAUGGAAAUAGAACGUUAUUCUGUACUGUGCCAAAACGAUUGUCAAUUAAAUCGUAAUUAAUCAUAAUUGUUGCAACUGUAUUACACGUACGAUUGGAUAUAUGUAUGUGUAUUAUUAUUCAUAUCAUGCAGAUGGAAGGAGAGAGAGAGAGAGAGAGAA